AUGUAUGCUGUGGUAACACAAUGCACGGCGUGUAAGCUGUCAAAACCAGCGAGCGACAAGGCGUUUGGCACCGAGAACAUCGACGCCCUCGAGCCACCUCCCUUUGGUUCCAAAGGCAUCGUCAAGGCCCAUAGCUUUCCUGAAGAACUAGAGGCUAACUGUGAUCAGGUAAAGCCCUCUGGUUUGGUCGCCAUGGAAACCUACAGUAUGGUGAAGGACGAGCUCAACGGCAUCGGAGGAGGGCAGGGACUGUUGUACUGCGGGCCUACCCCGAGGGCCACGCCUGUGGCCACUGCCGGCGACGGCGUCGUGAAGGGUGUCAAGAGGAGGAAGAGGGAGCCGUCGUCUGCGGCGACGGUGAGCAGCGGCGACAAGUCGGCGAGUAACAAUGCGGCCAAGAGAAGCUCAAGGUUCAGAGGUGUGAGCAGGCAUCGUUGGACGGGCAGGUUCGAGGCGCACCUGUGGGACAAGGGGACAUGGAACCCUACGCAGAAGAAGAAAGGCAAGCAAGUUUAUCUCGGGGCAUACAACGAGGAAGAGGCGGCGGCAAGAGCUUAUGAUCUGGCGGCGCUCAAGUACUGGGGACCUAGCACCUACACCAACUUCCCGGUCGUGGACUAUGAGAAAGAGCUCAAGGUGAUGCGGAACGUGUCCAAGGAAGAGUACCUGGCCUCAAUAAGAAGGAAGAGCAACGGCUUCUCUCGCGGAGUUUCCAAGUACAGAGGAGUUGCACGGCACCACCACAACGGCAGAUGGGAGGCCAGGAUCGGCAGGGUGUUCGGCAACAAGUACCUGUACCUGGGCACGUACAGCACGCAGGAGGAGGCGGCGCGGGCGUACGACAUCGCCGCCAUCGAGUACCGCGGCAUCAAUGCCGUCACCAACUUCGACCUCAGCACCUACAUCCGCUGGCUCAAGCCCGCCGAGGACGGCGCCGGCGGCACCACCACGUCCGGCGUCACCAAGCCCGACAUGCCGCCGUCUCUGCGCCUCCAGGCCGGCAGCCUCCUCCUGCCGCACGGCGCUGGCACGCUGCAGGUCGACGUCGGCCUCUACCGUGGCCACCUCGCGGCGGCGCAGGGCGCUACCCUCGCUGGCCUCGACGGCAUGAGCUCCGUGUAUGCCGGCGGAGGACCCAGCCCCACUGCGGUGAGAGGGAGGCCGUCCCCGUCGUCGUCGACCACGGCGCUUAGCCUGCUGCUGCGGUCGUCGGUGUUCCAGGAGCUGGUGGCGCGGAACGCCGGCGCCGCCUCCGCGCAGCAGCAUCCCGUGGCUGCGGACGAUGGGACAGUGUCGGACGGCGUCGACGCCAAAGCUGAGCGCGAGGAGCUGGGGCGGCCGCCGGCGGAGAGCGAGCUCGGGGAGGAGCUGUACGCCGGCGCGGGGGAGGAGGCGUUCGCGUGCUCCAUGUACGAGCUCGACGACAGCUUCGCGCGCAUCGAGCAGUCAUUCUGGAACUGCUUGUGA